AUGGUCUCCAGACAGGCCCAGAAACGCUUGAACAAGGAGUACAAAACCAUCCAGGCCAACGCCACGCCGUUCGUCACGGCCAAGCCCACCGACGAAAACAUCUUGGAGUGGCACUACGUGAUCUCGGGCCCGCCCGGCACGCCCUACGAAAACGGCCAGUACCACGGGUUGCUCCGGUUCCCGCCGGACUACCCGUUCAAGCCGCCGUCCAUCUCCAUGGUCACGCCCAACGGGCGCUUUGCCUGCAACACGCGGCUCUGCUUGAGCAUGAGCGACUACCACCCGGACACCUGGAACCCGGCGUGGAGCGUGCUGACCAUCUUGACGGGGCUCUUGAGCUUCAUGACCGGCGACGAGCACACCACCGGCUCCAUCGCCACCUCGGACGCGGUCAAGCGCAAGUUGGCCGGCGACAGCCACAGGUGGAACUCCGCGGAAAACACGCGUUUUGCCGCGGUGUUCGCGGAUCUUCAUGCCGCCAACCAGGCGCACAUUGCGGCGCGCGACGAGGAGGCGGCGCGCCAGGCCGCGGCGGCCGAGCGGGCGCGGGGUGUGGGGCCCGACGCGGCCGCGGCGGCCAUGGACCCGGAGGACCGGGCGCGGCUCCAGGCGGGCCGGGAGGGGGCCCGGCCUGCAGGGCCCGCCACGCUUUUGAAGAUGGCGGGGUUUGCUCUUGCGGCCGUGUUGGCGGUCUACGUGGCGUUGGUGGGGGCCUGA